GAAGGCCAACAAGCCGCCCGCGAGCAGGUAAGGACCGCGAGGGCCAGCUUGCUUCCUCGCAAAGUUGGAAUCGGGCGAGAACGCGGCUGCGACGCGCCCAGGACUACGUUACGAGUAUCCGGAGCCAUCAGGAAUGCUUGUGGAGUGCUUAAAACGUGAUUUCCAGUUGCGACUUGCGGAUGUUGCGACUUCCAAGUGCGACCUCGCGGGCUGGCUUGCCAGGUUGCUGCAAGGCUCUACUACUGCAAUAAAAUGGUAGCGAGUCUGUGUGCCAGCUUGCUCCGGAGAGCCGUACAAGAUGGAAGCCGGUCGUUGACCUCGGUUCUUCCUCUCGGAGGCUUGUUGGUUCUUCUACCGACCAACCAUGGCUUGCCUAGUGGCACGAUUGGGACACGCUCCCAUUUCCGCUCAUUCUCGCUCGGGGUCCUUCCCCAGCAACGGGUGGACGCUGUCGCGUCGACCUUUCAGGCGUUCACGCGCGGCCGCGGAUGACGGGGCCACGGAUGAUUUUAGUCCUGCAGUUCCGAGCGCCAAGACGGUAAAACGCUACGUUUCGCGCAGGGGAUCCCGAAGCUCAGGUUCCAGCGACGGGAAGUUCUCCAGCCUGAAGUCGGAAAACACCAGCCUGAAGUCGGAAAACACCAGCCUGAAGUCGCAACUCGACAGCCUGAAGUCGCAACUCGACAACGAGCGCGUUGGACGCUCGCGUGACGUCGUCAUGUAUCUUGUCAUCGCGGUGCUUGUUGUGGCCGCACUUAUCCACUUCCUGCGGUUUCUCAUUGUUGGGCAAUGAUGGCGCAGUGCACCAGAGCAGUGCUGGAGAUCGGCGUCUGGCUGUUCGUGGUAAAGGUCAUCUACGCACCCGCAAAGCCCGACACGCUGAUCGUGGCCGGGCUACGGAGAUCGGCGUCUGGCUGUUCGUGGUAAAGGUCAUCUACGCA